AUGCCGAGACAAGCUGCAGCCGAGGCAGCACAGCGGAACUCGGAUCUGAGCAGUCUCGAAAAGCUUCCUACGGAACUUCUGGUCGAGAUCGCCAAGCACCUACAAGAUGACGCCAACUUCCCACACAUCGGCCCGCCGCUGAAGUACAUUUCAGCAGAAUCUGUCGUAGAAAAAUACUGGAGUCGGGAUCAACUGUCUUACAAGCCUAUCGAAUAUGGAUCACAGCCGCCAGCCUACAAGGAAUUCAAGCGACGAAAUCAAGAUAUCCUCAACCUCACCGCAACAAGCUCACACCUCUUUGCCGCAUGCGGCACAGUGAUUUAUCGCACACCAGUCAUUCACGGCGAUGAUGAAAUCAUCGCAAGAUUCUUCGAAAGAAUCACCUCACAUCCUGUUGUGCAAACAUAUAUUCAACAUCUUUCCAUCCAGACCUUUUGGUAUGCGCAAACAUCCAUUCGCCCAUACUUCAAGCCAGAUCUGCUCAACAACCUGGUCAAUUUGAGGUCUCUAGAAAUUCGCGACUAUAUAGGAGUGUAUGAAGACAAUUUGUACAGACUGCUUCCAAGGCUACCCAGUCUAGAACGGCUGUCGAUGAAUGGUUUCUUCGAAACUCACGGGUUUCCCAUCCUAAGUAAUAUUCGAGAGGCAUAUUUCAACGACUGUAAAUUUCUUUCAGGGGACGGAGAGCAUAUUUUAUCGAGGCUUCCGUCUCUCAAGCUACUUUCAAACUAUCGCAGCUUCCACAGGAUGCCUGAGAACGCUUUCCUGGGUCUUGGGAGCACGCUGGAGACCCUUGUGUGGGUAGGAUACGAAACAAACCAUUCGAAUAUGGCCCGAGCGAUUUCUAGCAUGAAGGUUCUCAAGCAUAUCAAAACCAAUAAUCUUAGAUGGUUGCUUCCUAUCGACAUUCUUGGGGAUACAAAAUUCUUACAAUCUCAGCAAGAUGUUGGAAAUGUAGGACGGACACUGCAGACUUUGGAGUUUGUUCCGAUGUACUUUGACCGGCUAUCAUGGGAAUCUUCAGUUACGAAAGUUUUGCUUUCUCUCGAGAAUCUAAGCGUGGUCCUUAAUACUAACUGUCAGUCUCAAUACCGGAGCCUGCGCAUAGUUGACGUUCGCGCGUACACUGAAAUGGAAUUGGAUAACAACGGAAAAGACUGGUUCCGGGUGAAAAUCAACCGAAAGCAUUUGGAUCAAAUGUUGGGCAAAUUGGCAAGGGAUCUCAACGUCAAGGUCAUAUAUCUGUAA